CGAGUACCGAUCUCUGACGGUCGAUAUAAAAGGGAGUUACUCUUCUUGCUUGGCCUAUGCUUCUCUCUGCUUCCUGAAGAAGGUACUGUCCGGCAAGUCCCAGCAAAUAUCACCUUGUGGCAUGACAUCUCCCCGAUCGUUACCAUUUCGCCUACAACCCCCACAAGAGCCAGGACACAUACAUGACUGUGCCAUCAUGGAUUCUCCAGUGCCAGAGUCACCAACUGCACGUAAAAAUAAAGACUUGUCUUAUCUCAUAAUCUCUGGGGGCACUGGUGCCAAUUCGAUUGCAGGAGCUUUUGGGCGCUCGCCCUCAUUCGUCUUGCCAGUUUCCGACGAUGGAGGUUCAUCCUCGGAAAUAUUGAGAUGUUUUGGGGGACCCUCGAUUGGUGAUAUUAGAUCUCGCCUCAUUCGCCUUAUCCCCGUCGUGCGCCACCCAGUCACCAAGGAGGAUAAGGAACGGGCAGCAAUCUACCAGCUUAUGGCUUACCGUUUUCCUUCCGAUGCCGCUGAGAAGGUCGUAAGGGACAUGUGGAUGGACAUUGUAGAAGGUAAAAGUCACUUAUGGAGCGGGAUCGGUGAGGAUAAAAAAGAAUGCAUUCGAGCAUUUUUUGUACACUUUGAAACCCAAUGCUUAAAGCGGGCUCAUAAAAGAUUCUCGUUCCGGAAUUUCUCUCUGGGCAAUGGCUUUCUGACAGGUGCUAGAGAUCUUUUUGGCAGUUUACCCAGCGCUAUAUUCUUAUUCAAAUCUAUUGCAGGAGUGGAGCAUGGAGCUCAGGUCAUCCCUGUAAUCAACACAAAUCAAACGGUCACUAUCGCAGCUCAGCUUGCCAAUUCGACAACUCUUGUAGGCCAAUGUGCCAUAUCCCACCCUAGACCCUCCGCCUCUCAGGAUAGCUCUAUGUCCACUCCUCUGCACGGGUUGAGCUCCGCCACCCUUCCUUCCAUCCAUCCCUUUUUACGGAUUCAUUUCAGAAGAGACUCUAGGACAUUUGAUACUCCUGAUGAGUCGGCACCGCCUACACGAUCGCAUAGUAGCGAUCGGUUAGAAGCAACCACUAGUGGUGCAGAGGGGCACGACGGCGAGGGGAAUUUGGCAUACCGAAAAGGGGAAGAUGAAGCGCCUCUUGAGGCCAAGAUCGAAAGGAUAUUCUACAUCAACCUCUAUGGACAGGAAAUCUACCCCGAACCAAAUACCGAUUACAUUAAUGCGAUUCAAAACCGGGACAUCCUCGUUUACUCUUGCGGCUCCCUGUGGACUUCUAUUGUUCCAUGUUUAGCACUAAAGGGGCUGGCAGAGCAAAUAGCCAGAUCCCAAACUCUCAAAGCCAAGGUUCUCUUACUUAACUCUUCUAAUGACCGCGAGACAACAGGUUAUGCUGCUUCAGAAUAUGUAGCAACCAUCCUUGCGAUGCUUCGUCAUUAUGACAAACCUAAACGGAAUCGAACAAGAGAGCAAUUAUUGCCAGGACCAGAAUGGAAAGCAGCUAAUUUGAUCUCGCAUGUGGUUUGGCUGGAAGGAGCAAAAAUCGAAAUCGACGAGGAUCAAAUUCUGGAAUCGGGUGUGAAGAUGGUAUGCGUACCGGCAAGUGUACACGGGGCCCAACACGGGGAAAUCCCCUUGUUUAGUAACGAGGCAGUUGAAUGGGCCAUGGAAAGAGUGUUGGAAGAUGUCAAUCAUAAUGCUUAGAAGGUAUACGGUUAUUCUCAAGACCACGCUUAGAAUUAUAAAGUAUAUUUCAAGCUAUUGUACUCCGCUAGUCUGUGAUCUUUAGCCUCGCCCGCCCGCAUUACAUGGGUAACAGGCUCGUUUCCGUACACACAUUCCACAAUGAUGGAAAGGAAGACCCCAUUCUUCGACCAUGCUACGUAUUUUGUGAAGCAAACAUGUCCUAAAAUGCAAUAGAAGUCUGAAAAGAAAAUGAAUCC